CCACCCCUUUCAUUAUCAGACUGGGCCAAAUAUCCUUUAAUAUAAAACAUCAUUAGACGCGCAUACAUACAAAUCACAGAUCUCUGAGAAACCCGACACUCACGGAAAGCUCAUGAAGAGACGUUACACUGCAAAUACCUUUAGAGCUCGUUGACACGGACGCGGACUGUAUUUUCCGGGUUGCGCUGGUCUGAUCAUAAGGCAGAGAGAGGCAGAUUCAGGGGAGGGACGCCAGCAGCAGCAGCUCCCGGUCUCACUGCACACGCACAGGGAGAAGACACAGGGCUGACACUGAUGGUGCUGCGCCUCUGAGAAAAAAAGACAAACACUUCACCCGGGAGAAUUCACCUUAAAUUUGAGGGAAACAGCAUUGGGACACUAUGGAGAUGUCAGAAUCAGUUUCACAGCAGGAGCGGCUCCAGGCUAUUGCAGAAAAGAGGAAAAGACAGACAGAAAUUGAGAAUAAGAAAAGACAACUAGAGGACGACCGACGGCAGCUUCAGCACCUCAAGUCAAAGGCAUUGAGGGAAAGAUGGCUGCUGGACGGUGCGCCCUCUGCGGGACCGGAGGAAGACGAGACCACGAAACAGUUGCGGGAAGAUGAGGCCAAAACCAGAGGUCUUGAGGAGACCAUUCUCAGCCUGGAAAGAGAGCUGGAGGAGCUAGAGACAGGUGUGUCUGCAACAUCCACCAAAGAGAACCUGUCAGACGCAGUACAGGAAGUCACCAAGACAGUGGAAAAAAUGGUUGUGACAGACUCUGUAAAAGAGGUCAAAGUUCACGUCAGCCCUCGUCUGGAGAAAUCCGGAGGUGUCUCUGACAUGAUGAGAGCAGCGAUGUACUCCGUAGAGAUCACAGUUGAGAAGGACCUGGUGACGGGCGAGACCAAAGUCCUGUCCACUAACACACUGCUCCCCAAAGACCUCUCGCAGCAGGGCGUCAAGGUCUAUGAGGAUGAACAGAAAGUGGUGCAUGAGGUGCGCUGUGUGGACGGUGCAGUAAUCAAUGGCGUUCACCAGCUCAGCUCUUCAGAGGUGGAAGAGCUCCUCCACAAGGCCGACGAGGUGACCAUGAGCGAGAGCACCAAGACUACGCCGCGACUGGAACGAGGGCAGGCCGAGAAGUUGGAGAAGGUGGAGAAGGUAGAGAAAGACGUAGUACCAGACGCAGCCCCCAUAAAGGAGAUCACGGGUGUAGAAGCCAAACCCGCAGCCCCUCAGACGGAAGUGGGCGGGGCCAGCGCGGAGAACCCCGUUACGAUGGUUUUCAUGGGCUACCAGAGCGUCGAGGACGAGGAUGAAACAAAGAAGGUUUUGGGGCUGGAGAGCACGACUGUGAAGGCUGAGGUGGUGCUCAUCGAGGACGGCGAUGCCAAGACCGCCGCCAGUGACACCAAGCAGGAACAGGCGCCCCCUAAUGGCAGCCCAGCAGAACCACCGAAGGCUGAAGAGGCGGCAGGUGAGUCGGAACAGCCAGAAGGGGGCGCUGCUGAGGUCAAGAGCAAGGGGAAACCCUGCAAGUGCUGCACCAUCAUGUGAGCCCAAACACGCCCUCCCAAACACGGACUUUACUGAUGAAAUGCAACAAAAUACAGAGAGAACAAUAGCAAGGCUGAGAGGAAUAAACGUUCAGUAUCUUUUGAUAGAAGAAGCUGUUGUUUCUUUAAUUGAUUUUUACCUGUUUUAUAUUUUCUAUAUUACUUUAUCUUUUCCCCUUGAUCCUUUCUAACCUAUGCGUUUUGUUUUUUUCUGGUUUUAUUGUGGGUGGAAUGAAUCAUGUCAUAUGCGCUCCUGUGAGAGAAGCAUGAAGAUUUGACCCUUUAAUUGAACUGAACGGAUCCAACAAGCCCCUUUAAUCAGCAUUUACUUCACAUAUUAUUUUCCAUAUGAAAGAUUCAAAUAAUUAUCAAACAUAACUAUAUAAUAUAUAUGAUUUUUUAAAGUCUGUUUGUUUUUUGGUUCACUUUUUGCAGAGUAUGUUGCGUGCACUACAAAUUAUUUCACUUUCACAUCAAUAGAAAAGAUUGAGGAAAACUUUCUCGACAUUGUGCAUUGCACUGUAUUUAUUACUGAUGAAGCUGUGAGAAGUAUUCAGUUAUUUUCAUUCAGUUUUUCGAUUUAGGAAUAAAACCUGUGGGAUUGACAGAGCACACUUUGCAUUUGCUUAGAAAUGACGGGAUUGUUUUAAACAAACGGAGUGACCAUCGUACAGGAGUUGUGUAGGAAUGUUCUGCAUCAGAUAUAAGCAGAGCUCUCAAUUAAUGCAGAAAUAGGCCUACUUUUGACUCAUCCCUUAGUUUGUAAUGCAGAAAAAAUUUACAAAAAUGUAAAGUUUGUAUUUUUUUUCCCCCAUUGUGUGUGUUUUUGAGCUGUAAUUGUCUAAAUCAUUCUACAAAUCCUUACUGGAUUCCCUACUGUACUGUUAAAAAGUUUGCCAUCUGCAUUUUAAGUCUCUUUUGCUCACCAAGGAUGCAUUUAUUUGAUCAAAAAUACAGUAAAAACAGUACUAUUGUAAAAUAUUAUCAUGUAAUAUCAAACAGCGUCGUUUAUUUAUUAAAAGUAGGGCUGUCACGAUUCUUUGAUUCAAUUUGAGUACUCCGUUAUAAAAAAAAAAAUUCUUGACUGCAAUUUGCCCUUUGUCGAGAAACCGCCAAAAUACCGAAAGUGGCGUAUUCCACAGAGAGAAUCCAUGAAAGCAUAUUAUUAGACAGUUUUCUAAGGCUGCAUGAUAUAUUAAACCCGUUUAAAAUCAUAAUAAAGCAUAAUGCGAUUGGGAAUUCACAGACGGUACCAUUUAAUUAAAUAAGUAUAUGCAUUUUAAUUAUUUAAACGCGUGCGUGCGUCUCAGAGCAGCUCCGUUCACAGGAACUGUGUGAAGCCUCUUCAACUCUAUUAUAACGUUCAAAUGAGAACGCAACGUGCGCCAUUUCGUCAGAUUUCUAAGGUAAAUAACUUAAGCAAACACUGGAGAAUACAUAAUUUUCUUUGUAAAUAUGAUUUCAAAACAAAAACUGAAACCCUCAGUUUACACGUAGUGAUAUCCACAUAUUUAACAAAUUACAUUGGCUGUAGCAUUUCUGUCGUAAAGAAAUGGCCAAAUAUUAAAUAUUAAGUGGACGUUUGAAUUAACCCUUUAACUGUCACCCCCCAUUUUUUUAAAAUAGGCAUGAAAGUGCACUAUCCAAACUUAAAUUGUUGUAAUUCAUGAACACUUUGGAAUACAGAUCUAAGGUUGGUCUCUUUUUAAAGAAGACAGUCAGCAGAUUAUGGCAGAAGUGGACCGCACUGUACCAUUUUUAUUUAAUUUUAUAUAAAAUACAUAUUUUACAUAACAGGUUUUACCCUAAAUUUGAUAUCAAAUUGAAGCCUUAUGUCUAAAUAAGUUAUGUUCCAAAUUUGAAGUUGAUAUGAAAAAAAUUGAGGUUCCUGUGGAAGUUUGUUUAGGGCGUUAUACCACAAACAGCAACCGGGUGCCAUACAAACUUUAUAGAAUUUUUUAAAAUGCAUUUUUCUGUCACAAAAGUCUAAAUUUCUCUGUCAAUUUUACUUUUAUCACAAAAUAACCACCAAAUAUGAAAUCCUGAGACUCAGACCUUUCCAAUGACAAGAUUAUAAAAAGUUAAUAUGUAAUAUGACACUUGAUAUCGCCGCUAAGGGGGAGGAGACCGCCAAAAGAUUUUACAGUACCAUUUCCAUAGUAAAACAAUGUCCAAUUUCAAACUGGUUUUCAUAGGAUGAUUCUUGGGCUUCUAAGCUUUCAAAUGAUAUAUAAUUUAUGAUGAUUACUAAAACAUUUGAAAGAGAAAAAGGACAACGAAAAAAAGAGCGCCAAGCGUCCCACACAGUUCAUAUUAAACAAGGAUUAGAUCAUGCAGUUAAGUGUAAAAACAAUCGUCAGGCUGUUGGUGCCCUCUGCAGGUAUUUGUUAUAAUAUACUAAUGUACAUUAGUUUGAUUGUUUAUAAUACAUUAUGUAAUUUAACAGUUUUGUUCAAUAAAACCAUAUAAUUACUUCAUUUCAAUACUUAGCUUUGUUUACUUAGGUCUAUUUUUAUUACCACACACACAUACACAAAUAAUUAUAAUUAUCCGCUUACUUGAGUAAUGUCAGAACAAUUAACCGAUUACUCAAUUAACAAAAUAAUAGUGACAGCCCUAAUAAAACUUUUUAAUGAUGAAAAAUUACACAAGCUUAGAUACACACUAAGGAUUUCAGCUAGUUAGCAUGGCUGUUCAUUGUUGGUUUCAAAAACAUAUUUCUCUAUUAAUGGCCAUUUAAAUGUAGCUUUACAUAUAUUUAUUUGAUCAAACAUACAGUAAAACAUGGAAAAUGAUUGUAAUUAAAAAAUAACUCUUGUAUUUUAAUAUAUUUGAAAAUGUAAUUUAUUCCAGUGAUGCAAAGCUGAAUUUUCAGCAUCAUUACUCCAGUCUUCAGUGUCACAUGAUUCUUCAGAAAUCAUUGCUGCUCAAGAAACAUAUUAUGUUGAAAACCGUUGUGGGUGCUACAUAUAUUUUUAUAGAAGCCGUGUUAUAUUGUUUCAGGAUUCUUUGAUGAAUAGAAAGCUUACAUGAACAGCAUUUAUUUUACUGUAACUUUCGAUAAUUUGAAUGCAUCCUUGUUGAGUGAAAGUAUUACAUUAUUUAAAAAAAUAAAUAAAUAAUUUGAACUGCAUUGUCUAUACUUCAUUACAUUUUAUUCCAGUGCAAUGCCUUUCGCCAUAGACUUCCAUUAUAUUUCCAUAAUCAGCUUGUUUUUACAAACUUAGGGAUGAGUUAAAAUAACUUUACCCUAAACAAAAGCAUGUCACAGGUUAAAUGAAGCUUGCAAUGAUUCUUGCAAAUGCACAUGCAAAUGCAGAUUUCACAAUUUAUUUGCUUCAAAUGAAAGAAUAUCUCUCUCACACACGGUAACACAGCACCGUUUUUCCCUCCUUGAAGGAAAAUCUCUUUUCCUUAUCUUUGUUCUCCCGCGAGUCCAGUAGAUUGCGCUCUUUCAUAUUGAAAUGUAGGACAGGUGAGCUGAGGAUAUCUCAGUAAGCUUUGAUGUUUUGCCGUUAGGCUGUGCGGUGGUCGUUCUCAGUUAGACUGUUCCAGCAAAGAGCUUGCGCAUGUGUUUGUAAUCGUUCCUUGGUGUUACUACCUAAAAUAUAUAUAUUGUCCCCACUUUAAGUGCUCUAUUUGUUGUAAAUAGAGAUCAAGAGUAGAGAGUAAGUUGUUCUCUCGGUUACUUUCAAACUGCUGCAUGAUAUAAAUUUGCAUUGGAUCAUUUGUAGCCUUCUCAUCUUUCAUCUGCAUCGCUCAUGUGCAUUUUGAGUAUCAGCCCUGGCCUUGUUCUGACAUUCGGAGGUGUGUGUUUAUCAGGCUGGCUGUGUAUUUCGAUUGUAUGCCAGUCCGCACUGCCAUCAGCCCUCAGGAAGGGUCAAUGACGGCUCAUUCCUAAAGAGUGACAUCAACAAACUGCUGCAGCCAAUCCUAUGCAAGAGCCCUCAUGCGUGUAAACUAGUGUCAGAAUGAGCAAAGCUCUCUCACUUCCACAGCAAUCGUAACAGUUCCCGAGACAAGAAUAGAAAGACAGGAAGGACAAUAUCCGCCCUUCCUUAGCUGUUCCAAGGAAGUGUGGUGAGGGGACAGGAAACGUUUAAUAGGUUAUUAUUAUUAUUAUUAUUAUUAUUAUUAUUAUUAGCUUUUUUUUUUUUUUUUCCUGAUACUUUUAGAAAAAAAAAGUGUUAACAUUUCUGAAAAAAAAAAAAACAUUGGAAUUGCCCUUAACGUAGCUAUGAUGCCAAAUGCUUCAGUAAAAACAAAAAGCAUAUUGUUUUUGUAGCCUGUGUGUUUGUGGAAGAGAUGAGCGAUCGACUGGUGCUAAUUGAAAUUUAUUUUUGUUAGUAACAUUGAAGGUGCAUUUAAUAGUCUGAUAUCACAAUCAACAUCUGAUAUCUCUAAUUAUCUGGGUUUUAGAGAGCAUUUAAACAAUAAUUUCCUUUCCUGUCCAACAAAAAAAGAAGCAACUGCAUCGCUACUCAUCAAAUCUUGCCGUACUGAUGUUUAUGGCUGUUUGUAUUCUGCUUUCAUAUUCUGACCAUUUAUUUUUCUUCUUCGGCUGUAUAUGUAGCUUUUCAAACAUAGCUUUAUGAAACUUUGAAGCCUCUGAGAAUCUUCUGAAUGGUAGUAAAUUGUUUCUAAUUAGACUAAAUAGCCAAGUCAUAAAAGUCAUAAAACAAACAUACAGUUUAUAACAAAUUAUCAAGAUGCUACAUGCUACAUAUUAAAUGGUAUUUAAUGAUUUGUAAAUUACUUUCAGUAAAAUAUACCUUAACUAACAAAAAAAAUGACUCUUAUGAGCCUGUUAUUUUUAUUGAAUCAAAAACAUACAGAGCGACCACCGUAGUCUGAUUCACAAGCACAUGACUUUUGGUGAAUUGAAAACAUGCAGCAUGAGAAGUGUACUUAGAUUUUUGAACAAAUGGCUCUUAUCAGUCUAUUCCUGUAAUGAAUAGUUCAUUUGUCAGUUUUUAGAGGACAAAGCAAAGAACUAAAGGCACCGCUUGAUUUUAAAAACAUAAAUGUGGGCCUAGUACUGAGCCCUGAGGAACGCCACUGCUACCAUUCAGAAGUAUAGUAUUGUCACUGCCAUUUUCUCUAAUCACUACAUACAGGUACUGAUUCUAACAUCAUCGUCGCUGGUCAUUUCAACAAGCCAAAUACAUAUUGUUGGGAACGACACACAUAACCUGCAUUUUCAUUACACUUCAAAUUGCGGGAAUUGAAACUGCAAAUUGAAAAUACUCUCAGUGGGAAUGCAUUUUUCAAAAAUUCCCAUAUAUUGUGGAAAAAAGGUUUUUACGCUCACAUGAGGUGGUUUUUCAGGCAAUUUGAAAAUGGAAUAAUUCGCAAAACUGCAAUGGAAAGAGUUUUUUUCACAUUUACAAGCCACCUGGCGUAUUUAAAAUUUACAUGGUCAGGUCUGCGUCUCCAUCAAUUAAAAAUAAUGGCUAGCGAUGGUGGUGGCUGUGACAUAUCUAAACCUAGCACCAUGCAUUGCCAUGAAACUAAUGCAAGUUUUAGUUGCAUGACAUCGGUUAAUGGAAACGCUGUCAUUUCGCAAAGGUCUUUUUAUCGGCAUCUGUAAAUCUGUAUUAGAAAAAUAGCCAGAGAAAACAAACACUUUUUAUGAAAAUCUUUCAUUUUUAUUAAAGCCUGUUAUUUUUAUUGAAUCAAAAACAUACAGAGUGACUAUUGUAGUAAGAUUCACAAACAUGACUUUAAGUGAAUUGAAAACAUGCAGCAUGAGAAAUGUUUGAUAAACUUUGAUUUUUGAACAAAUAGCUCUUAUCAGUCUAUUCCUGUAAUGAAUAGUUCAGUUGUCAGUUUGAAUCAGUCUGACAAAUGGUCACUGAAUAAACAUCUGACACAAACCAGUAGAUUUUUUGAGGACAAAGUAAAGAACUAAAGGCACAUCUUGAUUUAAAAAAUAUAAAUCUAUGUAAACUGGAUGCGGGCCUAGUAGUGAGCCCUGAGGAACGCCACUGCUGCCAUUCAGAAGUAUAGUAUUGUCGCUGCCGUUGUCAGUGACAGAAUGUUUUGAAAAGCUCAUUUUCUCUAAUCACCACGUAUAGGUAUUGAUUCUAACGUUGUUGUUUAACAGGUCAAAAAUACAUUUUGGUGGGGACUACACACAACAUAAUCUGCAUUUUCAUUACCCUUCAAAUUGCGCAAAUUGAGAAUACGCUCAGUGGAAAUGUAGAUUUUUUAAAAAUCUCAUAUAUUGUGAAAAAAGUUUUUACGGUCGCAUGAGGUGGUUUUUCAGGCAAUGAAACUGCAACGAAAACUGUUUUUUUGCAUUUACAGGCAACCUGGUGUAAUUAAAAGUUACAUGGUCUCUAUCGAUUAUAAAUAAUUGCUAGUGAUAGUGGUGGCUGCGACAUAUGUAAACCUACCAACAUGCCAUGUCAUGACUUAUCGCAAAGGAAAAAACUAUGUUUUACUCGCAUGACAUCGGUUAAUGGAAACACUGUCAUUUCGCAAAAGUCUUUUUAUCGACAUCUGUAAAUCUUCAAUUUUUAUUAAAGCCUGUUAUUUUUAUUGAAUCAAAAACAUACAGAGUGACCAUUGUAGUCAGAUUCACAAACAUGACUUUUAGUGAAUUAAAAGCAUGCAGCAAGAGAAAUGUACUUUGAUUUUUGAACAAAUGGCUCUUAUCAGUCUAUUCCUGUAAUGAAUAGUUCAGUUGUCAGUUUGAAUCAGUCUGGAAUUCUUUAAUGAGUGGAUUCUUCAUGUGAGUUUCCACCAUUUAGACUACAAAAACACUUUUUUUUUCAUGUGUACUUUUUCAAUUAGCAUCAAACUACUAAAUGCACCUUUAACGUUCGAUUAGAGUUUUUUUUUUUUUUUUUUAAUGAAUGUUAAACCUGUUUAGUACCUUACUUGCUUCAUUAAAUUAAUUUGAUGGCAAAUUAUUUACUAAUUUUAGGGGAAUGAAAUUAUGUGGCGUUUAGCUGGUAGAGGUGUGCUAAAUGAAAUGUGUGUGCGUUUUGCAUCUAUGUGGUUGUAUUCAUGAUUUAUGUCAGUUAAUAUGUCAUAUAUCGCUCAUAUUUUAGUCACAUUAGUAAUAUCUGCCCAAAUUACUGGAAUGAACUCUGGAAAUCGAAGCCCAGGAGUCAAAUGAGGUCAACAUGAAUGCAAAAAACUAUUUCCGUUCAUCUUGUUUGUCGUUUACACACUUGCACCAAUUCACUUAUCCGUGUACACACUUUUUGGAUGUAAAGCGGCAUCUGUGAGGUUACAAUUCAUGGUUUAAGAACCAGUUUGCUUUCCUCCAUUGCCCAUCUGGGCAACUUCCUUUAAAGUCUUUGCAUCACUGUGAGUUUUAUGGUUGCCUCACACUUUGGCCACUCAACUUACUGUCCGUCAGUACUAACAUUCCAGUUCCGACAUGUUCCUCACCCCUGAAUGCCUUGUUGUCUGGCCACAGGCCUGGCGUAUCUCUUUUGUAUAGUUGCAUGCUUUUAUAGGUACAUAAAUCACACAUAUCUACAUAUACAUAUCCAUUUCCAUGUUAGAUAAUGUCCCUGUGCUUGAACCCCUAACCCUUGAUGACAAGCUGAGUUCAAAGGCAUGAUAGAACAGAGGACAAUGUAGGGACAUAUAACCGGGUUCCUCUCUUAUUGGUUCUCCUGAUAAUGAGUGUGUGUGUGCUCUUACUGCCACUGUUGUCUGUGCGUUGUGAAGGUCUGCUUUCUUAUCAACCUGACAGAGCUGUAGAAAGAGUUGGAACGAGACAUUAAAAUGUGAUGUGCUUUACGGAAAACACUG